UCCGCCGGUAAGCCUCCACCGCCCCAUCGAUCGCUCCUCACCCGUCGGUGGCCUCCCCCUCGGCGGACAUUUCUGGGUGCAUUUGGCCCCCCUCCACCACCAGCGAAAUUUACCCAUCCCGAAUCGCCCCCCAAAAUCGGUCCUACACCGCACCAGAUCACAUCUCAUGAUUCCAGUGAGAAUUCGAAAAGGAGGAAGCAAUGACGGAGGUGGCGCUCCUCCGGGGCCCGACCAACCUCGCUUCCACCGUAAGCCGCGCCUCCGUCUCCUCCCCCUCCUCAACGCUGUGCUAUUUAGCCAAUGCCGACAGCGACGUGCUCCUAAGAAGCGGUAGCCCCGAGCGCACUGCGGGAUCUGCUAGGAGUCGGCGACUCCUUGAACAGCGCGGGCAAGAGGCCGUGGAGGAGGAAGACGAGCGGUGGUCGUUCUUGGCGCUGCUCUUCGAGCUGUUGCAGAAGUCGCUGCUCGGGUGCAGGACGGUGGGCGGCGACGGUGAAGGCGAACACGGCGGCGGCGGGAUGGAGAUCGGGCUGCCCACGGACGUGCAACAUGUCGCGCACGUCACGUUCGAUAGGUUCCAUGGAUUCCUGGGGCUGCCCGUUGAAUUCAAGCCCGAAGUGCCCCUCCGUGCUCCCAGCGUGAGGAUUUUCGAACCAGUGCAGGAUGGGGCACAGGUUGGCUCCUGUCAAGUGCCAAUAACUUCCGUACUAAAUUCUAAAUGCUGGUGAAUAGAAGUUCGCCAGGAAGACAAUGAAAAAAAAACUAGACCAACAAGGAGGAACUAGGCAGCUUUUAUAUCAAGAAAAUAGGCACCCAAUUUGCCUGGACAAGUACUUGAACGUGGGUGGUAUAGGAACACCACAAAGCACAAACAAUUGAGCUUGUUCAGCUGCCUUAGCCAGGAACCCGCUGAGAGAACAAUACCAAUAUUGGGCCAAAAAAAUGUUGUCAAAUCAUGUCUGGCAAUUUGGAAGUUGCGAAGUUAGUUAAAAAAAACUGUGUGAAAGAUAUGUUUAUGGACAUGAAUGAACUCAGUUACAAGAAAAAUCAUCAAUAAAUUUGCAAAAUUGUAAUAACUGUCCUAAUGAUCAGCUACUACUUCUAAAAGUUUACUACUAUUGUUUACCAGCAAGACAAAGGUGAUAAAACUUGAUGGGGAACUAAUUAAACCGUUUGAGGAGAAAUAUCAGAAGGAUGCUUAUACAUACCAAGCGAGACAUGUAAGAAGCAAGCUCUCCAUCCUUUUGACGAAGUGCUGACUCAAAGGGUCUGUUUGGUUGGGCUGUGGCUGUGAAAAAAGUUGCUGUGGGCUGUGAGCUGUGGAA